UGAGACUUGGGAGAUAGGAGGGGCUUCUGAACGACUAGAAAUGUCAAUCAGACCUAAGAGUCCCCAAUAAUCUAAAGCAAUCUGUAAGGACCUGACCUUAGUCCAUUCAGAUCAAUAGUAAAGUGAGGGAGGCAAGCACAAUCGGAUCGUUAACACUGGCUUUUUUAUGAAGAAACAUAGACUCCCCUCACAGUUUGUUGUACUCACCGUAAAGUGGAUAUCGUAGUACUUACAGAGAGUGCGAUUCCUGACUUUUUGUGAUUACAGAGGCAUUCUUCUACCGACAUGUCUUUCCCACAGCUGGGAUACCAGUACAUCCGACCGAUAUACCCGUCGGAUCGCCAGGGUAUCGGCGGUGCACGAGCCGGGACGGAACUAAGCCCGUCCGGAGCGCUGUCUAAUGUCCUUUCCACGAUGUACGGAUCACCUUUCGCAGCUGCACAAGGAUAUGGCGCAUUUCUUCCUUAUUCUAAUGAUAUAUCAAUUUUUAAUCAGUUGGGAGCUCAGUAUGAGUUGAAAGACAGUCCAGGUGUACAACACCCCGGCUUUCCUCACACUCAUCCCGCUUUCUAUCCCUACGGUCAGUACCAGUUUGGUGACCCGUCCAGACCCAAGAAUGCCACGAGGGAGAGCACCAGCACGCUGAAGGCCUGGUUAAGCGAGCACCGCAAAAACCCGUACCCCACCAAGGGGGAGAAAAUCAUGCUGGCCAUCAUCACUAAAAUGACCCUCACCCAAGUGUCCACCUGGUUCGCCAACGCCAGAAGAAGGCUAAAGAAGGAGAACAAGAUGACCUGGGCGCCCAGAAGUCGGACUGAUGAAGAAGGGAAUGUUUAUGGCAGCGAUCAUGAGGGGGAUGAUGGAGACAAACGAGAAGACGACGAAGAAAUCGACUUAGAAAAUAUCGACACGGAAAAUAUCGAAAACAAGGACGACCUAGACGACCAAGAUGAUCUGCAUGCUGAUAUAAAGCUCGACGGAAGAAGCGAUUCUGAAAUUUCGGAUGGUUUUGAGGACUUGCAUGGAGCAGACCACAGAUUUCUUAAAACCGUGGUGAAAGAGGGAAAAGACGUGAACGGGGACCGAGAUGAGCAUUUCCAUCACCAUUCAUUAGAAAUCAAAUCGACGCAACCCAACAACGCUGAGCAAGUGAAAAUAAACCAAGGUGCCAUCGGUUCCCCACCCUCAGAAAAUAACGCUGCCCCAGCCCAGAAACCUAAAAUCUGGUCUUUGGCUGAGACGGCGACCACCCCGGACAAUCCCAGAAAAUCUCCACUUGUGAAUGGAAACUGUGCUGCGACCGCGACACAAGCGAUAAUCGCCCCUCACAGACUUAUUUCUUGUCCGGUCGGGAAACUUCAGAACUGGACAAGCAGGGCUUUUUCAGCGCACCAGCUGGCGUUGAUAAACUCAAACCAUUACCUCGGACUGGCGAACCAGGCAUCGGCGAACGGUCUUGCGAUGUACGGCAGACAGACAGAUGACAAGGGUCAUAACUCUGAAUCAUCUGUAACAGGUACCUGCCCCCUAGACUGAGAUUCGUACGUCAUUCUUUUUUUGUGGCACGUUUUAUUUACAAACAGAACGUAAUACAUUUUAUACCGGACUGGGAAGACGUUUUAGUUUCUUUUUACGGCGUAAUGUCAAUAAAUCUGGAUGAAUGUUACAAAGGAUGCACCUACAGAGUGGCAACGCAGCUUGAGUUCAGAGCUGUAUUAAUUAACUCAAAAAGAAAUGCAGGGAGGCCUACCGGGGGUACAAUAAUCAUAGCCUAUAUAUAUAUUUACCAUGUGUUUCUUACAAAUGAAACGACUAAACAGGAGGAAUAUUUUAAAUGAUUAAACUCAGUAUUUGCUUUAAAAUUAUUUUACAGUGUGAUAAUUUUGCUUACUGGAAUGCUGUAUGUAAGUCGGUUAUUCACUGUCACGUUUUGAAUUCCAGUGGGCCCGAAGUCCCAUUGAAUAUGCUCCUGCUUACCACAUUUAGUUAGUUAUAUUGUUUUGAUGUUUUUUUGUGAGUAAAAGUCAUAGGCCGUAUGCCAAUUUUGGCAGAAUUAUGAUUACUGAAAAUAUUCUCCGUCCACGCCAUAUUAUUAUUAUUAUUAUUAUUAUUAUUAUUAUUAUUAUUAUUAUUAUUAUUUCAGAAAGAUCUAGUGCCUUGGAAGCAGAUUAAAAAGUUGUUAAAAAUCGCCUCAUCAAGUUCAAAGACGGUAAGCGAGCAUUACGUUACUUAAUUUGGAUGUAUUUGUGUCCUUCAACUGUAAAUCCGCUCUGUUUUAAUGCGUUAUCAAAAUAACAGUUUUAAACGCGUGCCAGGGUAAGGCUUUGUAGCAUUACGUCGUUUCAUGUUGAAGUGCUGCCUGUUUAAAACAGGAAGCUCCGACUUAGACUGCAUCGAAUUAUUGACGGUCAGUUUUUUGAUCGUAGUCCCGAAUCCCCUUCGCCAUAAAAAGUACACACCAUGGUCAAGAAAUAUCUUCAUUACAUUAAAAAAAGAAAAAAAAUCUUCUGUAUUUUCCAGGCCUCAGAACCCACUAGAAGCAGCAGUGGUUGUAUCCGUGAUCCUCUCCUUAUAAGCGUUCUGUUGUUUUUUUUUUUUUUAAUUUUUAAAAUAUAUAUAUAUAUAUAUAUAUAUUAGUUUAUUUCGAACAGUUGUAAGGAAUGUAAAAUAUUACUACUAAGUCUCUGUAUACGUACCUUGUAAGCAUGUGCUGUGUAAAACUGCUAAUGUAAUAUUGUAUGAAAUUGUGGUCCGUGAGCUUUUCUUUUUGUAAGUUCCGUGAGGAUUUGAUGUUUAAAAUGUUUUGUAUAUACAGUAAAGAAAAUGUACAUACUGGUGACCCAAAUUGUACAAGAAAGUAUAUAUUUUGGCUAAUAAAUGAACCGUUGGAACUUUA